UUCCUAUUACCGAACAACGGCGAAAACUAAAGAAACUAUUAUUGCUUCAACAAACAACCAACAAUAUGUUGGUCUUGUUAUUUGCUCUAUAUUAUGUACUCAUUUGUUCAUACCUUCGAGAUAAUGUUCGUCAUAUCAAAACAAAAGAAGAAAAAAGAGUCAAUCGAAUGAGAUGGAUGUGUAGAUUGACAAUGGAUUGUGAUUCUGCUUGCAUUAGUCAACUUCGCAUGGAUAGAGCAACCUUUAGGAUAUUGUGUGAUAUGGUAGCAAACAUUGGAGGACUAAAACCCACUAAGAACACAUCCAUAGAGGAGGUUGUAGCAAUGUUCAUAUAUACCUUGGCUCAUCACAAAAAAAGUAGAACAAUUAGCCUACUUUUUUACCGUAGUACAGAAACAGUGAGUCGGCAAUUUCAUCAAGUUCUUAAUGCAAUUUUAAAAUUAUAUCCUAUUUUGCUCAAGAAGCCAGAACUUAUUACUCAGGAUUGUCAAGAUGAGAAGUGGAAAUGUUUUCAGGGAUGCUUAGGAGCGUUAGAUGGAACAUUAAUUAAAGUUACACCUCCUACAGAAGAUAAACCUCGUUAUCGCACUAGAAAAGGGCGUAUUUCAACUAAUGUAUUAGGUGUUUGUUGCCCAAACAUGCAAUUCAUAUAUGUAUUGCCUGGUUGGGAGGGAUCAGCACAUGAUGGUCGUGUGCUUCGAGAUGUGAUAUCAAGACCGCAUGGUCUAAGGGUCCCUCGAGGUUGUUAUUACUUGGUUGACUCUGGAUAUUGCAAUGCAAAUGGAUUUCUUGUCCCAUACCGAGGACAACGAUAUCACCUAAAAGAAUUUGAUGGCCAUCAACCGGAGACACCAGAGGAAUACUUCAACAUGAAGCAUUCCAAGGCUAGGAAUGUUAUAGAAAGAUGUUUUGGGUUGUUAAAAGGGAGAUGGAAGAUUCUUGCAUCACCAUCAUUUUUCUCCAUUCAAACCCAAAUUCGGAUUAUCAUGGCAUGUUGUCUUAUGCAUAAUUUGAUUCGCAAGUUUAUGAGCUUUGAUCCACAAGAGUCACUUAUAGCAGAUGAGGAAGAGGAAUCUGAUCGGGGAAGUGACAAUGAAGAAGUAGAGUAUAUUACGCAAAUUAAUCCAAGCAAUGGGUGGUCAUCAUUUAGAAAUAAUAUGGCAACCAAUAUGUAUAACACAUUGUCUACUAGACCUAGUGGCAAUGUUAGUGAUUGAGUUCUAUUUUGUAAGAAUGUUAUAACA